AUGGAACUCACGUGGCUUCCGGAUAUCCCUCAAUCGCGGAGUCGCACUCGAGCUUUGCGAGCUUGUCCCACGUGCCAACGAUCAAAGAAACGCUGCCGGCAUUUGAUUCCCAAAUGGGAACCCUUCAAUGACCCGAGAUCACCGCCACAAUCGCACGAUGACCUUGGGAGGCCUAUUCACAGAAAUGACUCGAAUCGCGAACAGCUUCCUGCAUCCGCGCACAUAGACCGAGCGCAAACAACGUCCGACAGUCUAGCUCCGUUAUCGGUUCCUGCCACCGAGCGAUUUGUGGGAGAUCUCAAUCCAGAAUCCCUGAUUCGCGAGCGAUUAGAUGAGCCGACUGGGAGCCCUCUCCGGGAUCGUAUCGGGCUUUGGAUCAACUCCCCAGCUGCGCAGAAAGCAGAGCCUCGGGGCAUACAGAGAGGACAAGCCACAGCCGGAGAAUAUGCAGCCAAUAUCCCGGCACAAAGCGCAAUCGAUGGCCAAGCCAUUGCAUCGUUACUUCACCAAAGGUUUGCGGCGGGGAUACAAGCAUGCGAACAACUACCUCUCGCGACGCGCCAGUCUUUGUCCGCUAUCUAUUUCUCCAAGGUUAAUCACAUCGUGCCAAUAGUCGACCAGGAAUCUUUCCAAGCCCAAGAAGAAGGCUCGGCGUCGGUGUUCCUUGAAAAAGCCAUAUGCCUCGCCGCAGCAAAGACCCGCGCGGCUAAUCCCCACUUACGCCUUGUGCCAGACGGCCCAAUCCUAUCGUCACGCCAAUUCUGUUCUGAGAUAUAUAAGGAGCUGGUUGUAGCUAUGGACGCAGAGCUAGAACCGGAUCGGUUGACACGGAUCCGCGUUCUUGCACUGAUGUCCUUGCACUGUGAGGGUCUUGAAGGGGCCGAGGCGGCAUCUCUACAUCUCUGCCAAGCUAUCCAUCAGGCCCAGACGGUAGGAUUGCAUCUCGGCCGGCCGAAUCAAACCUCCACGGAUUCCCUCACUAAACUCUUCUGGUGUCUAUGGACAUUGGACAAGGUGCAUGCAAGUAUCGGUGGGCGGCCGGUUCUUCUAGCUGACCGCGAUAUCGGGGUCGUAAAGCCCGAUGUCAGCGCUCAGACGUCGCGAGGGGCUUUCGAGGUGUGGCUUGCCGUGUCGGAUUUGCUCGCAACUGUCAUAUCGUUCUACCGACCCUCUGCAGAAGCCACAAGCGGGUGGGAAGAGGGAUUCCCUGCGUUUGAGGAUAUCGUAGGGGAGGAUACCCAAGAUGACCUGGAUUUUGCUACUCUGGGCUUCUUGGAGCUUUACUAUCAUUCUGUGGCUAUUUUAUCCUGUCGGUAUAAACCCACCGAGAACAUCGAUAGCACCAGACUGUCGUCUGUCAGACAAGGACUAGCAGCUGUUCGCAUUCACUCCAUCGUCGCCUCGGAGUGUGCAGAUGACCUACCACCCCUUCCAAUCGUGCCGUACUCUGUCACCUUGUCUAUGGGUGUUGCAUAUCGACAACUCCGCUCGAGCAGACUUAUCACGCACCUCGACCGAGCGAAAGCUAGUCUUGAAGCGUGCCGCUCCGUUCUAGAAACUCUUAGUCCAUAUUGGUAUUCCGCCGAGGCGAUGGCCCGGCUGGGCCAAAAAGCCCUGCACCAGAUUCAAGGCAAGCCACAAUCCUCUCGGACGAACCCUAUCGGUCCACAGCAUGUGGCAGAGGCCUCGCACAAAGAAGUCAGCACCCACGGCCCGGUAUCAGAGGGGCCAGGGACAAUUAAUCCGGCACCUCAAGGCAACAAUUCCCCCCGAGCUAAGAGGCAACGCAAUAACGACCAUGGAACCACUGCUGUGUCUCCGCCGGAAUUCGCGAUGGACGUCCUCCAACCUCCGGUGGGCGGUCUGGAUACAUCUAUACAAGACGGAUUUGCAGACAUUGACACACUGUUCGGAGAGUUCUUAGAUAUCUCUCUACCGACCCAUUUCUGGGAUCCUAUUUUUAUGGAAAAUCAAGGGCAAACGAAUGAUCCGCAGUCAUAA